CCUCGGAACACCUUUCUGGGUUUUUAUAUGUCCACGCAUUUCACGUUGUUGUGUCUCAUGCUCAUAAUUUAAUGGCAGGGCAGGCCCAACUUCAAUCAGCGUGUGGCUCCCCUCAGCCCUGCCUCAUCUUUUAUACGCAUAUGAAGGUCUUCCUUUCAAAGCAUCAAUCAGAAUAGUGUUUGUUAGUCAUGAGCUCCGCCAUGCAGAAAGAAGCAGCAGAAGCUCAAGAAAAUACCGGUUAUGGCGAUCACUCUGCUACCAGCAACGCUCUCAAGAUAAAGGAAAUCCCGGGGAGCUGCGGCAUCCCUUUCGUAUCCCCGUUCUUGGACCGACUGGAAUACUUCUACUUCAAGGGUCAGGAUAAGUUCUUCCAGUCGAGGAUCGAGCGAUAUGGAUCCACAGUUUUCCGCGCCAACAUGCCUCCAGGGCCGUUCAUGGCGUCCAACCCCCGAGUCAUCGUUGUUCUCGACGCCAAGAGCUUCCCUGUUCUCUUCGACAAUACGAAGAUAGAAAAGAAGGACGUUCUGUACGGCACGUACAUACCUUCCACCAAACUCACCGGAAACUACCGCAUCUGCGCCAAUCUGGAUCCCUCUGAACCCAGCCAUACUAAGGUGAAACAAUUCCUCUUCAAUCUCCUCGCCUCUCGCAAAUCUGAAAUCGUCCCUGCAUUCCGCGCCUCCUUCAUCACCCCUGUUUUCACGAAACUCGAGUCCCAGAUUGCCUCCGAUGGCCGCUCGGAUUUCAAUAAGCUCAACGAUCAUUUUGCCCUCGAAUUCCUCUGCGAUGCUUAUUUCGGCACCUGCCCCUCUAAAACGGGUAUCUCCCUCGACACGAAGGCGAUCAUGUGGCUACUGCCCCAGCUAGCUCCCCUGGCCAGCAAAAUCCUCGCAGAGCGCUUCUUCCCCUUGUGGUUCUUAGAAGAUCUUCUGCUCCACACUUUCCCCAUCCCAUCCUUCCUCGUCAAAUCCCAAUACAAAGCUCUCUACUCCUACUUCGAAUCCGUCGGCGCUCACGCAGUCGACAACAUAGCCGCACAAAUCGGCCUCUCUCGCGAAGAGGCCAUCAAUAACCUACUCUACACCACAAUCUUCAACGCUUACGGUGGCUUCAAGGUUCUCUUUCCCAUCAUCCUCAAAUGGCUCGCUUCCUGCGGAAAGCACGCCGAUCUCCAUGCCCGCAUCGCCUCCGAGGUCCGCUCCGCCGUCGGCGAGAACGGUCAGCUCACCAUUACCGCGCUGGAGAACAUGGAUCUCGUCAAAUCCGUCGUCUACGAGGCGCUGCGCAUAGAACCGCCGGUCCCUUACCAAUACGGCCAUGCCAAGAAAGAUUUCGUUCUGGAGAACCACGACGCCGCAUUCCUAGUGCGAAAGGGAGAGAUGAUAUUUGGCUACCAGCCCUUCGCCACCACCGAUUCUAGGGUUUUCGGAUCCGACGCGCAGACGUUCGUUCCGGAUCGCUUCGUUGGGGACGACGGGAAGCUUCUAAAGUACCUGUGUUGGUCGAAUGGUCCGGAGACGGAGGAUCCGACGGUCGGGAACAAGCAGUGCGCAGGUAAGAACUUCGUGGUGUUGGUUUCCCGGCUUUUGGUGGCGGAGCUGUUCCUCCGCUACGAUUCGUUUACCGCUGAAGCUAGUAAAAUAUCGCUGGGGGCUCAGGUUACUUUCACUGAUGUGACGAAAGCUAAACCCAAGCUCGCUUAACCUGAGGUUUGGCGAAAUUAGUAUGUUCGGACAUCGGUGAAGACGCUAUGAUGUGACGGGAUUAUCUUUUUGGGUAUAUAGACCGGUGGUCAUUGGAACAGAUAUUUUCUGAAUGUAUUUGUGUGAUUGUGUACCAUGAUAAUGAAUGUAUAUGAUUGCGGCUAUGGGAACAGGUGCAGUACUAUGUUAUUAUGUAUUUUUAUUUCGGUGGUUACAUCAACUUUCAGGCUCUGAUCUUUG